GUCACAUGACUUUCGUCGCAAUCCAUCCAUCCAGGGUAAUCAUGGCGGAGUCUAACAAUCCGGGAAGUGAAGAAACUGCGAAACCUCGCGUUGUUACUAUUCACAAAAGUGAAACUGGCUUUGGAUUUAACGUCCGUGGUCAAGUCAGUGAAGGUGGUCAGCUGAAAAGCAUAAAUGGAGAGUUGUAUGCACCUCUUCAGCAUGUUAGUGCGGUUUUGGAAGGAGGCGCUGCAGAGAAGGCCGGAAUCCUGAAGGGAGACCGCAUCUUGGAAGUAAAUGGAGAGAACGUAGAAGGUGCUACUCAUAAGCAUGUUGUGGACUUAAUCAAACAAGGAGGAUCAUCAUUAACUUUAACAAUCAUCUCGGUUCCAAAUUUACGAGAAGAUAGGGGGGAACCGAGUGACGAUUCAUCAGGAUAUUCAAACUAUGAUUAUAGUGAGAAAAGACAGGUUUCAGUUACUAUCCCAGACUAUAGGCAAGAUAUUAAAAAUGGAGAUAAAUUUGUGGUUUAUGAUAUUUACAAUGCUGGUAUUUUGGUGGGCUCUCACCGAUUUAGUGAAUUUGCAGCGUUGCAUGCCAAUCUGAAAAGAGAAUUUGUUGAUUAUCAGUUUCCAAAAUUUCCAAGUAAAUGGCCUUUCUCACUUUCAGAGAAACAAUUAGACACAAGGAGAAGAGAACUACAACAGUAUUUAGAAAAAGUUUGCUCAAUAAGAAUAAUAUCAGAGUCAGAAUACAUUCAAGAUUUUCUGAAGUCUAGUGAAAAGAAAAUUGAUGAGAUUAAAAAGGAGGCAGUUACUGAAGUGGACAUGAGAGUGCUCCUCCCAAAUCGUAAGAGUAUAGUUGUGAGAAUUAGAAAAAGCAGUACAACAGAAGAUGUAUAUCAGAACGUAAAUUAAGUCCCACGGAAUUUCCACACAACAUUCAAGUUCAGAAUUACUCGUCUGCAGGCUCUGUCGGAAUAUGUCUUAGGAAAUGGGUGUUUUCACUUCAGCAAGAACUGUUUCUCAAUCACGAUGCAAUAGCACUGGAAUUUCUCUUCUGGCAGGCUGUUGAUGAUGUGAGUAAAGAAAGGAUCAAACCAGGAAACCACCUUAGUGACCUUAAAAAAUUUCAGGAAAAUGAUCAAAAGCUACAGUAUUUAAAAGUUGCGCGGCAAUGUAAAGGCUACGGUGAACUUGAAUUUCCACACUGCCCCUGCGAUGCCCGCAAGAGUGGGCACGUCAUUCCAAUCAUCAGCCUUGAUACCUUCAGGUUACAAGCUUGCACGGAAGACGGAGUCAUUGAGGAGCAAGUGCCCACAUUCAAGUGGACGGAAAUCAAGCAGUUUGAAUAUGAUGACGAAGCAAUGGCCUUUACAUUUGAAUAUGAGAAGACGGGGAAGAAGCCAAGAUGGGUCAAAGUUCACACACAAUAUUUCAAAUAUAUGUUAGAGUGUUUUAGUCGGGUAGCAAAAGAACGAAAAAUCUCAGAAGAAGGUACUAAUAAUCACUCUGAAAAUGGAAAUGAUUAAGAAUAGUGGAAGUAAAAAAACAAUGAGUGAUCAUGUGACAUGGUGUUCAAGUCCUAUGUCUAUCAUGUGAUUGAUUUUGUCAUGUGAUAUCUACCAUGCUAUACACUAAGAUUGCACAUUAACUUACACCAGAACACACAAAUGAAACUGCAACACUUCACUUAAAAUCGAUUCUUGAAGGCAUUGUAUAACUUGAGGGCAGUGUUUUUAUUACGAUGAUGCUCUAUUUGCGGGCAGUGUCAUAUAUAAUAAUAGUGUAAAGCUUGAGGAUGUCAUUCCACUCGAGGUACUAUGCGUGGAGGAUGAGGCUUUAUUUGAGAGUUAUGCUAUUCUUUGGAGUGGUGUUCCCCUUGAGGACAUUGUCCCAUUAGCCAACACUAUAAUAAAUCUGCUACCAAUUUUGACAAAAUAUAGUUUAAUUGAUGCAUGCUUUACAAAUGCACAUUGUGUAGUGAUAAGAGGAUUUGUUUUAAGCAGUGAACAUAUGAUAAUGUCAAGAUCCUGCCAGUGCCCCUUGCCAAUUGGGUAUCUUAUUAACCAAUCAGCUAUUGAUUAAUACUGUUGGUAGGAAAUUACACUAAGUUUGGUUGGUGUACAUACUAAGGUUUUAUAGACAUUGAUAAAUCUAAGUGUAUGUUGUUUAUUAGUCUCUUGUUGAAUAUUUCUGCACAUUUACUUGAGAUGUAUUGCAAGUGUUAGUUUGCAGUUCAUUGCACAGGUUCAGAUGGAUUGUAUACAGACUGCAGGCAGCUCUUUAGUUGUAUUAAUAAUGACCCUGAUGCUUGUCAAGGGGAAAUUUACAAGAUGAUUGGAAAUUAUAUUUAUAUUGAUUCAAGAUAUGGUUGAAACGAAAUUUUAGUAAAACCUACUUCACAGACAUAAUAUAAAUAUAAAUGAAAUUCUACAGCAUAAAUGCAUUUCUUUUUUUAAUGGAAAUGUCAUAUCGUUAGGUUACAUUGAGGCAAGUAAUGUUAUGCAAUUCCUCCAAUAUAUUCAUCUUGCUUUUGUCAUCCCUUGCAAUUUGCAAUUCCUAUCCCAUAAUGCAAUUUUCCAACAUACGAUUCCUAGUCAGCCUGCAGUUCAUCCCAAGUAGUUGAUUAAAAUAUAUUCCCCCUCCGGCCAAAUGGUACGCUUGAAAAAUAUUGUAGCUCAUGAGUAGGUAACUAAUUGUUGCAUUCCAUAAUACUGUAUAAUGUUUCCUUUUCACCUGCAUAUACCCUUCUAAAAGUCUACUGAAGAUAUUUUGCCAUGGAAAGGCAAGUCUGCUCAGCAGACUAUGAUGGUAUUUUAUUGUCGUAAAUGAUUGUUAAAUGCUUGGUUUAUUACACUUUCAUCUUGAAGAAGCUUUUACAGUACAGAUAUUAAUGUAUUUUGAAUCCAAUAGAAGCAACUAUUUUUAGAACUAAUGUUUGCUUGUACAUAAAUAUAUAUAUAUAUAUAAUUCAGUAGCUAUGAUUUGAUUUUUUUUAUUCAACAGUAAUUUUUGUUUUUGUUUUUUGCAUGGUAGGUGCUAUGGUAAACAUGUGUCUAGUCUGAAUCCCACAGAAAUGUAUUAAGGUUAAUAGAAUUAUUACAUUGGAUUUUUGAAGAAGAUUGUAUAUUGUAUUUUCACAUUCCUAUUGAUAAUGUUUGGAUAAAAAUAAAAUUAUAAGGAAAUGUGGAAUAUAUAUUAGAGUGUUGUUAGUAAGUACAAAGAUACCUGAAUUAUACAUUAAUAUAUAAGUAUAUUAAUGGUUAUAGUACAUUUGUUUAAUCUUUAAGUACACUGAUAUCUAGUAUGUUUUUAGGUACAUCUUUACAUACUGUAAUCUUUUAAGUACAUCGAUAUCUAUAAGUACAUUUUUUUUUGCUUAGAUAUCUUUAAGGUACUAUAAUAUUGGUACAUUGAUACUUGCAAGUAUAUUGGUAUAAUUAAGUACAUUGACAGCUGUAUAUUAAGUACAUGCUUUUGUACAUUAUUAUUAAAUAGUUUAUUAAAUUUUUAACAUGAAGAUAAUGUACAUAUCUUUAUAUACAUUGUUAUCUUAAUAUCUUUAACUUAAAACUGGUUUUCAUAAAAUUGCUAGACUGUAGGUGUCACAAUCAGGAAGCCCUUGGAUUUGACCAGUCUAUUCAUAAUUGCCGGCAACUGGCAGUGCUAGUGUGUAGCACUAUAUGGAAACUAAGCUUUAUAAAACACAGUACACUAAAGACCAACUCAGACAGCAUCGUACGACUCAGCCCGACGCGAUUCAUCGUCAGGGACAGUCUUGAGCCAUCGUGAGAAAUAUUAAACAUGUUUAAUAUUCUACGACGCGACUGCCCCCGACGCACACCAUCGCGUCUGCGUUUAACUCACACAGACCCUACGCGACAACAAAUCUCGUCGAGCUGCGUCGUACGACGCUGUCUGAGUUGGCACUAAGAAAACACAGAGAGUUGUUUAUCACCAGAAGGGUUCCUGUGCUGCUAUUGCUGAGGGUUGGUCCAGGCCUAAUUCAAAUUUCCUAGCUACACAAAUAGGACCAAAUAAAGUUACUUAACUUUACCAUUGAUAUAUCUUUGAUGAUAUUUUGAUGUGUUUUAAAUUGAAAUCUCAAUGUUGAUAACAAUAUUUUGAGUACUUUGGUAUGUAUUGAUAUCUUUAUUAAAUACCAUUAUUAUACAGUAUUUAUAGUUGUACUUAUUAGUUUUAUUGUAAGAGUUCUAUGUAGUAUUAUUACUCUUCCUUUUAUUGAAAUGAUUGCUACUUUUAUCUUUGUUAUUCAAAAAAUUUAUUUUGAAGAAUUUUCUUUGUGUUAACCAGAAACAAAAUGAUCGUUAUGUAUAGUGGUAUCGUAAUUAAUUAUAAUAUCUACACAAUGAGUUUUUUUAAAUUUAUUUUUAUUAUUAAUAUAGGUUAUAGUUCAUUUCUUUAUUUUUUUUCAAUUAUUCCAGUAUUUAAUAUUGAUAUACCUCUGUUGAUUAUUGUACUGUUGUUGGUAUGAUGUAUAGUAUGUAUUAUUUUUUUUUUAGUACAAGUUUAUACUGUAAAUAAGGCGAGAUUUUUUUUAUACCUUGUUUUGUGAACUUAUUUUUAAAGAUCGUCAAAGGAGGUCAGAAUAAAAAUUAAUUUUUGGUUUUUCAUUUAGCAAUUAACCCUUUCCAGUCUGCCCCAUUACCAUUGCCUGGGGCUGUACCAAAUCUGGGAAAUUACAUCAUCUACACUAAAUGUCGGAUUUUUACUGGGCACAGGCUUUUUAUUUGGUCUGAAUACAAGAGGCCCUCUACAGAAAUACUCCUACAUCACUCUCAAAAAAUUCUAUAGAGGGCAGCCUAGCUAUGAAAUAAUUAUCAUGAAAUCUGUACAGGGUGUACGUACAACGCCCCUCGCUAUAAAGUAUGGUCAAAGAGGGCAUCUUCACGAUGCCAUACGACUGGAAAGGGUUAAGUUUUGCAGAAAAACAUACACAAUAGAAAAUAAAUAAAAUUUUAUUGGUGAAUCUAAACAGUGUAGUAAUGGGAUGGUUAAAUGCUUUAAAUUUAUAUAAUUAGGAAGAAAUAUAUAUAUCUUAUUUUUGGAGAUUUCAAGGCAGUGGUGGGCGUAAUAAAAAUAAAGAAAAACUUUUAUAUUUUUUUGUGGCGGCGGGUACGCUAAUUGGCCCAAGAUAAAUUUUUAUUUUUAUUUGAAAUCGCCAUUAGUGGCAGGUGGUGAGUUGCUAAACAAGGUAUAAAAAAAUUCUCACCUAACAGCCUCAUAAUGUAUUAAAAAUGUAUUAUUAUUAUUAUUGUUAUAAUUGAUAUUUUUGUUGUACUAAUUUAGCUAGAUUCUACAAUUGGCUUAUUAUUAUUGUAUGCUUUAGUAAAAUAACAGGAUGGUAGUGUCCGGCAGAGCAUUCACCAUAUAGUUUAAGACUUAAUGUGAAGUGCCUAGAGAUAUAUUCAAUCGACAGGGCACUUUAUUAUUAUUAUUUUGUUAAUAUUAUAUUGAUAUUGUAUUUUUCUUGUAUCUUAUAUCUUGUUAUACUGUUUUGUUGAGGUGGUAGUUAUUGUGGGGUUGGCAGCCCAGUGUUUGAUAAAUUUUCAAGCUUGUACUUGGUGGCCGGCCUCUGAAUUUCUGACCAUUGAUUCUUAUCUAAAGCAACUUUGGGAUACAUAUUGCAUGAUAUUUGAAAGUAAGACAGUUUAGUUAGCUUUGAUUUUGCCCUCAAGUUUGACAUCUCAUUAAAGUAUUCGUUGGCACAUUUAUAUAUAAGUGGAUAAUAAUAAUUAAUAUGAAAAGUUCAUCUCUUGUGAAGCCCAUGCAUCGGUGGGUUGCAUCAAGGGGCAUGCAAUUCUAAAAGUAAUUUAUUUGAAAAUCCAUCUGGUUUUAGGUGACACUUACAGAUGUAAUAAGAGGUGGUAACUGUAAAACAUUGGAACAAAUGUACAUAACACACACAAAAAAAUGUAUUUAGUAAGUAUAUUUCUUUUAAUUUCUUGACAGACUUCAGUAAAAAAGAUUUUCUCCCCCAUUGGCUUGUACAUGUUUAAACAGGUUUCAUUUUCAGUUAGUCAAAGAUCCUUAGCAUUUAUGCAUAAAAUAUAUUUAUCUAAUAUCUAUCAUUACUAUUCAUGAGGAACAUAAAUAUUAAUAUAAAUGAAUAUUAAUUAGUUACUGUCAGUAAGGUUUUUACUAAAUAUAUAAAAUGAUUUUACAUUAACUGUGUGUAAACUUGUGUAAGAACCAUCCAGCAGCUUAUUAAAAAAUGUGGCUAUUCAGUAGGUAGGUAGGUACAUAAUUAUUCAUAAGUAUCAUUAAAUAAACAUUAAUAAUAAUUAUUACCAGUAGUUGCUGUGAUUAAAUACAAUUUUAACUUCAGUCUGCCUUGAGAAAGUAAAGCCAUAGAUUAUCUGUCCAUUUAAAACUAUAUAAAAUAGGUACGCCACCAGAUUAUUGUGAAAUAACACAAGAAAUUCAUGUUUUAUUUCUAUUAGUGUAGAUGGAUCAUGUGAUUCUAAACGAACUGAUCUAGUUCUUGAUAGCUAUGGUAUAUCAGAAGAGUUUUUAAUUCUAGAGUUUUUGGUGAAUUUAUUGAAUGAAUUAUUAUUUGAUAUUGAUUGGACAAAAUAAAAAAAUGUAAUAUAAGUUCAGUCGAGCAAGUGUAUAGAUAUCAGUUGUAAUUGUAUCGUAGAGUAUGUAUCUUCAUGAUAAAUGAUUUAAAUAUAUUUUAAUAUUGCGGUAUUGUAUGGGUAGUGAAUAUAUUUACUCCACAGUUAUAACAGUUGAUUGACUGAUAAUAAAAGCAUUACCAUCACAUAGAACAU